GUAAUAAUAAAGAAUUGGAUAAUAUAGAAGUAGAUAAUAAUAGAGAAGUGAAUAAUAUAAAAACAAAAAAAGUGGAUAAUAUAAAAGUGAAAAAGUGGGUUAAUAUAGAAAUGGAAAAAGUGAAUAAUAUAAAAGUGAGAAAAGUAAAUAAUAUAGAAAUGGGUAAUAAUAGAGAAGUAGGUAAUAUAGAGAUGGAAAAAGUAGAUAAUAUAGAAGUAGAAAAGAGGAAAAAGUGA